UGAGUGCUUUCCCUACCACUUUUUAGAUAUCUAAUUUUUAAAAAGUACUCUUUGUGUGUGUGAAACUGAAGCUGCAUCAAAUAUGAAAACCUGUAAAUCCAGCCAUUUGGAUUCAGGCGUAGAAUCAGACAUCCAGUGCAGAAGUGGACCAGGCUGCGUUGUGAAGGGCAGUUCAGAAAGGAUGGAGAAUGCUGCAAAGAGAAGACUGGCUGCCAAUGCCAGGGAGAGAAGACGGAUGCAAGGACUGAACACAGCCUUUGAUCGUUUGAGAAAGGUGGUUCCACAGUGGGGUCAAGAUAAGAAGCUGUCCAAGUAUGAGACCCUUCAGAUGGCUUUGAGUUAUAUCAUGGCUCUCACUAGAAUACUUGCCGAAGCAGAAAGAUACAGUACUGAAAGAGAAUGGAUUAGCCUUCACUGUGAACACUUUCAUCCGGAGAGCUACCACCAUUACACCGGACAAAAAAUGGCAACGGACAGUGACCCUUAUGCACAGCGAAUAUUCAGCUAUCACCCUGAACACUUUCAAAUAGCUAAUUAGAACUUUUACAAACUAAGAAUAUGCAGCAGGCCAGAUGUGUAAUUUAAUAAUUAGCAAGAGUUAAUCUGCUUGAAUAAGGUAAUAUUGGCAUUAUAAUAGCUCAUUCUUGU